UGUCACAAAUGAAAGUGACUUAACCCAACUUUUGUGAGCGAUGAUGUGUAAUACCAACAAAUCAUGAAAAAGUACAAAUAAAUGUUUUAUAAAUUAUAAGUAGUUUUACUGCUAGCGUGUGAUGAGGAAUACAAUAUUUAAAAAUGACGUUUUUACAAGAUACAGUUGUAGUUCUGGCUUCUCAAGUAGCAUUUUUCGUGGGGGCAUGGAUAUUCUUUAUGAAGCAACUAUUUAAGGAUUACGAAGUGAGGCAUAUUAUGGUUCAGCUUAUAUUCUCCAUUACAUUAACGUUAUCAUGCACUAUGUUUGAAUUAAUUAUUUUUGAAAUAUUAGGCCUAUUAGAAUCGAGCUCGAGAUAUUUUUAUUGGUGCCUAAUGCUGUAUUUACUUCUCUUCGUCGUGAUAGUGUUGAACCCAUUUUAUAUUGGCUACUAUUGUAUAAGCAGCAUUAGAUAUGUUAAGCCCGAUUACGUUAAGCAUUUAACGAUACUUAUAUGGAUAGCUUUUAUAAUAAUAUUUUGGAAAAUUGGCGAUCCGUUUCCUAUAAUGAACCCCAAACAAGGAGUUUUGAGCAUGGAACAGUUGGUAUCGAGAAUCGGAGUUAUAGGAGUGACCGUAAUGGCCCUUCUGUCGGGAUUCGGAGCCGUGAACUAUCCCUAUACGUCCAUGGCUUAUUUUAUGAGGGAGGUUUCGGAAGCAGACGUAUUAAACAUUGAGAAAAGGCUGAUGCAAACCAUGGAUAUGGUUCUCAUCAGGAAGAAGAGAAUAGCAAUAGCAAAAAAACAGUCUCUUGAAAAAGUGGAUUCGGCAAACAAAAGGAGCAUCUGGGGAAUGCUUUCAUCCGUCGGCAGCAACAGAAGUCAUGAAAAUAUAUCUCAACUGAGAUUGGAAAUCGAAGGAUUAGAGGAACUAAGUAGGACCCUGUUUCUGGAGGUGCACGAGAAUCGUAACAUGUUGGAGAGGAUAGAAUGGUCGAAAACUUGGAAGGGGAUAUAUUUUAAUUUUCUCGGCUAUAUAUUUUCUGGAUACUGCCUAUGGAAAAUAUUCAUCUGCACGAUAAAUAUCGUGUUCGAUAGGGUGGGCAAGAAGGACCCAGUAACGAGAGGCAUCGAAAUCGCGGUCCACUGGAUGGGAUGGAAUUUCGACGUUAAUUUCUGGUCGCAGCAAGUGUCCUUUUACUUGGUCGGUUGCAUCGUAGUUACGUCGAUAAGAGGCUUCAUUAUAACGUUAACGAAGUUCUUCAACAGAAUGUCGUCGAGCAAGAGCUCCAACAUAAUCGUCUUAGUUCUGGCCCAAAUAAUGGGUAUGUACUUCGUAUCGUCGGUGCUGCUCCUGCGGAUGAAUAUGCCGGUGCAGUACCGCGCGAUAAUAACUCAAGUGCUCGGCGCGUUGCAGUUUAACUUCUACCACCGCUGGUUCGAUGUGAUCUUCUUGGUUAGCGCCCUGGGCAGCAUCGUUACCCUCUAUCUCGCUCACAAACAGCCCGUGAGGGAGAGCAUGUAACGGUUUAGGUUAAGUUCAACAACUUACGUUAGAUUUUAACACCCAACAUUCUUUAUACCGUUUUUUUUUUAUCGUAUUAUUUUAUAUGUAUAUUAAUUUAUUUAUAACUGCUAUUAAGUGAACGAUUAUAUUGAAAGCCUGAUUAUAAUUUUGAAAUAAAAUGAUAAGCUUUAUGUUA